AUGAAUCUCAACUCGGCAGAUUUGCCAAAGGUCUUUCUCCCGCCAGUCAACCGGUCGAUGCAGGUUCUGGAUAAAUCCUUCUUUCAAAAGGUUGUGCCCUUGGCUGCAGCAUCGAUCUCCGACGUCAAACAGAUCACCAAUGUGCGGAAGGAUCUGGAUCGCUCCGGGGACAUAUUGAAGAUCAGUCCCAUAAGGCACCUGCGAGAAGACGACUCCGCUCCUGGCGCGAAAUGUAUCUUGCUACGACAUGGAAUUGAAGCACACAAACCGGACACGUGGUCGCCCACACUUACCAGACUGGUGAAAGACAACCUCGCUAGAAUCCGACCUUACGACCUGACUCUCACCUACGACGACUGGACGAUGCAUAAUAUCCUUGAAGCGAUACUGCCUGAGAUUCCGGAAGAGGAAAAAGAAACUCCAGCAGGCUUUGCUCAGGUCGGCCACGUUGCCCACGUGAAUCUGCGAGAACCGUACUUACCUUAUAAGCAUCUAAUCGGGCAAAUUCUCGUGGACAAGAAUCCCAACAUCACCACAGUCAUCAAUAAGACCUUCGACGUCGGCACAGAGUCUGUCUUUCGAACGUUCCCGUACGAAGUCCUCGCCGGCCCCGAUGACUUGGACGUCACAGUGCGCGAAUCCGACUGCGAAUUCAAUUUCAAUUUCGGCAAAGUCUACUGGAACUCGAGGCUGGGCACCGAACAUGCUCGGGUAUUCGAGACUUUCCGCGAAGGCGAAGCCGUCUGCGACGUCAUGGCCGGCGUAGGACCGUUUGCCAUUCCGGCGGGCAAAAGAAAGGUCUUUGUCAGGGCCAACGAUCUCAAUCCAGAUUCCUACGCCAGCUUGGAGGAUGCCAUCAAACGCAAUAAAGUCGAUGCCUUUGUGACGGCUUCGUGCGAUGACGGCAGACACUUCAUCCGCGCAGCCACCGAAGCAUUGGCGAACUCACCGCGAACAGUUAAACUGCCCGCAAAGGUCAAAAUAUCGAGGAAUCAGGGCAAAGAAGACAUCCAAGCGCUCAAGAAAGCCGCCGACGAUGCCGCCAAAGUCCUACAAGAGCCGACUGUAUUCUCCCACUACGUUAUGAAUCUUCCUGCAAGCGCUAUCGAGUUUCUCGACGCAUUCAAGGGACUAUAUCACGGUCGCGAAGCCGAGUUUGAGCCGCACACGUCGCAGAAACUACCCUUGAUUCACCUCUAUCUGUUUCAGACGAAGCUCGCCGCCGAAGAGGAAGAGCUACUCGAGACCUGCGAGAGGAUUACAAAGCAUAUCGGCUCCGAGGUGGAAAUGGAUGACCCGGAACUCGACAUGGACAUUCGCUACGUGAGGCUCGUCGCGCCGAAGAAGAAAAUGUUUUGCGCCAGCUUUAGGAUUCCAAGAAGCGUGGCCUUUGCCCGACCUUGA